AAUGCAGUGGAGAAAGCGCAAAAACUAGUCGGGUUCGACCGAAACUCAGCCGCGCGAACGCGCGUUUUCGACGACGCCAGCGACUGGUUUGCGGAAGGCGACAAUGUUUGGCUGUCCCAGGAGCAGCGCCAGCGUGCGCGCGCGGAGGGCAAAAACGCCACUAAACGAGCAGAGCAAGAGAAACGCUCCGUACGGCUAGAUUUGGGGAAGGCUUUUGCUGCUGCCGGCAAAAAGGAACAAGUGACGAUAGACUUCUUCGGACGUGCAGUCGUAGAACGCGGAUCCUCCUCGAGAACAGGCGGCGGCAUCCUGCAAGUGGGGUCGGGCGAAGACAUACAAAGGAUGAACAAGGACAAGCUGAACGAAUUCCACAUGGCUACUGCCGGAUCUAGCCAGAACGACUCCGCAUCGGCUUUUGCGGCAGCCCGCGCGAAACGAGCGGACAUGGUUAACGCGUCGUCCUUGGGCGCUGCGGCAGCAGUAGCCGCAGUCAGUAGGCUCAAAGACGGUCUGCACGCCGGCGCAGUUACUCAAUCCGUAGCACCGCUGCUUGCGAACGGGCGUGCUGUGAGGUGGGUUGCCGGACAGAACGAACAGCUUACGAAAGGCGGCUUCAGUGACGAGCUGCGGGAUGCGCUGGAGCAAGAGGGCGGCAGCAGUUCGAGCACCGCGCCUGCCCGCAGUCGAAAAAUGGCUGACGACGACAAUGAUGAGCAAGUGAAUCGACCUAGGAUGGAGCGCGACGAUUUUCACGAUGAUGGUAUUGACAUGAGCCAACUGGUAGGUGCGCCCGGUGCAGCUGGCGGUGUUGGUGGCGUCGCUGCGUCAGGGGCACUGCGGAACCAUCUGAAGAAAUACGCUGCGGAAGCAGAUACAAGCACAGCGGGAGGAGCUGGGGACGUGACUGGAGCGAUGGGCGAAACAGCUGAUCCUGCUGCAGUGGACCCUCUCAAAGCGAGCCAGCUGUUUCCAGCGCCAACGCCUCUAUUUACUGAUGGUGUGGACAGCGGUAAAUGUCUCACUCUGCACCAGCCUUGGGCAUCUUUGAUCGUCUAUGGCUUUAAACGUGCAGAGGGCCGGCCCUGGAAUGUUGAUGGCAAGAACAAGACGUUUAAUCGGGGACGCGUCUGGAUCCACGCCGCAGCACAGGAAGUCGACACGCAGACUGUUGAGCAAGUGGAGAAGAUGUAUCGCGAGUUGUACAGAGCGUACCCAAAGGUACCACCACUGCCGUCAGAAUCCGGUAUCGGAUAUCCAACGAGUUGCAUCAUCGGCUGCGUCGACAUGCUCAGCAUCGAGGACAACGAAGCGUACAAGAAGCGCCGCAAGCGCGAGUUGGGGCUCACCACCAUGCUGGCAAGAAAAGAUCAUGCGAACAAAAAGGCCAGAGAGCAAGGCUUGAUGGCGGACGACACGACUUCGAAAAAAACUGAUGGUGAAGGAAACAUCUUCUUAACGAAUGACGUUGGGGAACCUGUGGCAAUCAUUGAGGACGAAGAGGCCGACGAAGACGGGUACCAGUCAGCGCAGGACGAGGAAGAACAAGAAGCGGAUCGCGUGCUCGAGAGCAUGAUCGAGGAAAACAACUCCGACUUCAUCUUUUGGCUCGAGACUCCUCGCAAAUUGACGAUCCCAUGUACGUUUACUGGCGACCACAAGUUCUGGGACAUUCCGAAAGACACUUUGAGGACGCUGCAAAAGGCUCUGAUUCCGGUUCGCUGGCCGGCGCAGGGACUGCCUCAGCAGUUUGAAUCUUUGUACAGCAUGCGCUUCGACUUGACGGGUGGCGCUGGCGCCAGAACAAAGAAGACUGAAGACAGCAGGGCGAUCCCGAACGGCGGAGAUGUUGCCGAAAUACCGAUGAAAAAUGAAGUGCAGAAAAAUGGAGAAAACGCAAAGAUCGCUACAUACAAAAACAAAGUCGAUAAGAGCGAUAGGAAAAUGUACGAUUCUCUGGCAGGAGCGGACAAUGCAACUACUUCGAACGGAACUUCAAAGAAAAUUGCUUGUAAGAGCUUCGUCGCGUACACACGCCUUGCCGACAGUUUUAUCCACUUACACGAUCUUUUGAACGACGACGAGCAGCAGGAUGUGGUCGACACCAUCCGAGACUUAGGUCUGCGCGGCGGCGGCCGUGGUUUCUUCGUUGAGCAAAUCGACAGUAAGUCGCGAAAUCCGAAGAUAUGCCGCUUGAGUCUCGGGGAAUUCAUUUUCAACUUCCACAAGGCAGAAUGGGAAAUGGGAGACCUUGACGACCGUGUGGCGGACGGCGACUCAUCUGCAUCGAGCAGGAUUCCCAAGGCCCUCGUGGACUUCUUUCGCCGGGCUGUGAAAAACGCGAAUUUCAACAUCCAGAACAUCGCGGAUCGGUUCGUACCUUACGAAGAAACGCUGAGCGCCCUUGCUGCGAUUCCCGAGGAAGAGGACGGAUUCUCGUCGAGCAAGGCUAAAAGUCCAAAAGGCGUCUCCAGUAACGCGACUUCGAUAAAAGGGGCUGCUGCCGCACUCUCGACGGGUGCGGACUUCACGCCACAGGUAGCAUGGGCUGAAUUCCAUGGCGGCGAUGCCAAAGUUGAGUUGCGACAGGAAGAGGUCGUCGCUACAGAGGAUGUACCAGUAGUGCUGAUCAACAUCGGCGAUUCAGUGAAGAUCACCUACACACUUGGCGUGCCAGUCUCGGAAGGUGGACGAGUACUGGCUGUCACAGUGAAGUCCGGCGACGCGCUUGUUUUUGGCAACCGAUGUAGGCAUUUGUAUCAUGGCGUAGCCGAAGUCUUCAAAGACACUCGGCCACCUUCACUCAACAUGGCUAAAAGCAAAGGAGCUGGAAGACUGGCAAUUAUUCUCAAAUAAUCACACCAUUCAAUUUCAUCAACAUGAUCCAGUAGACAGGGUUGUAAGAAGUCAUCCUCGAGCCCGACCCUUCUCCUCUUUUCAGACCACGCUAACCCUUUUCGUCGUUCUCUUCGAACUUCAAUUUUGAGUUUUUCAAUCACAGAGUUGUAUCUUUCGCACUUCGAAUGAAUAUGAAAAUAGCAGCAUGUUGGGC